CCAGCGAGCGGUCUGGACCGCUCUGCCUGCCGGCGUCUGGGCAGGUGAGCGCUCAGGAGCAGGUGCGGCCUGCGCGGUGCCUGCGUUGCGGCGUCCCGCCUGCAGGGGGCGCCGCCCAAGGCGGCGUGGGGGCCACUCCCGCCCUGCGAGGCAUUUCCGUUCCUGGUCGCGCCCGUCUGCAGUGAAGGGCCCUCUGGGCAGCAGGAUUGAGAGCUGGGCAUUCGGGCUUUCUGGUCUGUGUCGGAGGUAGACAUACAUGUCGCCUGUGUGCUGCACAAGGAUUCUGGAGCGAAAAGUUUUUAAGACUUGCAGCCUCACUGUGCUGCUGGACUCAAGGGCAACUCAUCUUUGAAUGAAUUUACAGUGUCUGGUGGAGUUCACCAAGGAAGCCGUCAUAUCUAUACAAGAGUUUUCAGCUCUGAGAGAAAGCAGAUGAGUGGCGUAAUGGCUUGUGUUGAGAUGUCCUCCCCAGAGUGAUCAGGGACAGGUUGCUUCCUAAAGGAUUGGACUUUGUUGCUCAAAACGCAAUCAGAAAAGCCCCCUGCCACAUGGCUCUUGUCUUUGUGUAUGGCACCCUGAAGCGAGGCCAGCCCAACCACACAGUACUGCUGGAUGGUACACAUGGCUCCGCGGCCUUCUGCGGCCGGGGCCGCACGGCUGAACCCUACCCGCUGGUGAUCGCUGGUGAACACAACAUCCCCUGGCUGCUCCACCUCCCAGGCCGGGGCCACUGUGUGGUGGGCGAGAUCUAUUCCGUGGAUGAACAGAUGCUGCGCUUCCUGGAUGACUUCGAAGGCUGUCCUGACAUGUACCAGCGCACUGCUGUUCAGGUGGUGGUGCUCGAGUGGGAGGGCGAGGGUCACCCUGGGGAGAGCAUGCAGUGCUUCGUGUACAGCACGGCCACCUAUGCGCCUGAGUGGGCCCACCUCCCCUACCAUGACAGCUAUGACUCGGAGGGGCCACAUGGGCUGCGCUACAAUCCCCGGGAAAACAGGUGAGAAGGGCUGGUGGCACAGCAGGGUCAGAGGGGACCUGCCAUUGCCCUGUCACCUUGGCUCUAUGGACCCAGCACAAAAGUGGAUGAGCAUGUCAGUUGUAAAACUUCUACCUAGAAAGUAGAACUCUCAGUGACACUGCACUGAAUGUGACAGGGUCGGGCCCACAGACCUCUCCCAGGUUCUGCAGUGCUGCUUAGAGGUUGUUUGUGGGCUUGGGCGUAUUAGUUAAAAAAGCGUCAAAUGCUAAUCCCUCCUAGAUGGCAUCUGAAGGCCUCACACGGUGCACUUCCCUUUUUGCUUUGGCUUAUGCUGAAGAUCACAUACUUGUGACUAAAGAUUACAUUGCAGUUGCUUCUCAGAUGACUGUACUGAUUCUAGCCUGCAGCACCUAGAAAAAGAAAUUUCAAUAAAAGCUGACUUUUAAAAGCUAAAAGCCUCAAGAAAACGUGCUGUACUGGAAAGCAUAUGUAGCGCAUUCUUCCUACUGUUCACACUGCACCAAAACUGUUCGCGAUGUCCAUUUGAAAUAAAAUUAGAGGUUCCGAGAGCAGCCCCGAUGUGUGGUGCUCCAGGGGCCCCUUUCUGGUCAUUUUCUUGACAGAAGGUUCUUUUCAUUCUAACCGAGCAAGUCAUGAACACCCACUUGCAGGAGACACAGCUGAGUGCCCGGACUUCCCAGGGACACGGCUCAGAGUGCAGAGCCCAGCACCAGGCCAUCCCUGCUUCCAAGGUGCGGCGCUGGUGGGUGGGCCUUUCAGAGAAGAACCAGCACGUUGGUAAUUUGUUCUUCAGGACUGACAGAAGGCUUAGCUUCCAAACGCAAACAGCACUUAAAAUAAUGUUAGCAAGGCACGAAGUACCAAUUACUGCCCACCUCCAUCUGAUAGUCUGUCAGUAGAGACUCUCGUCAGCGCACGACUGUGCUGCUGCUCACCAGCAAAGGGCCCCAUGGAUUCCAAGAAUGUCGGGACCAAAUGAAGAUGCAGCUGCUGGUCCUUGGUGACUCGUUCUCCACUGGGAGAGCUCUCGUACUCUUCAACUUAAUGGUAGACUGUGAUCACUAACUACAUCUGGCACAGAAACAUGAUCAUUAUUUUUAGCCUCUUUUCUUAAUUGGAAACUUGCUCUGCAAAACACAAAAAGGCAAGGAUGGGCACCAGCUGACAAGCUGGUGGCAGCUCUGCUCACUAGGGCUGCAGUAAGGCGGCCCCUCAGGCCCUAGCCUGCAGUGAGGCCUGGGAGGUGUCCUGCCCUCUGGCUCAGUCUGCAGGCCCUGAAGUGACCUGAGACCUGUGUGGAGCUACAGCAGGGAGGGGCUUCCGGUCUCUAGGAAGCCGUGGACAGCCAGCUCAAUUCACUCUCAGUUACCAGGGACCGGAAGGUGCCCCCAUAUACAGUGGCAAAUGCUGCCUUCAUAACA